AAUUAUCUUCAACGUGGUCGAUCAAUUCGCAAGGCACGAGGGUGUUGAGUGCCUGAUCACCUAUUGCUGCCUCUCGGGAAAUGCUUGCUACGUCAUUGAUCGUAUCGAGGUGGAGGUCUGCUAUUAAGAAUACCCGCCUUCUAUUUUGAUUUUUGACAUGGGAUAACUGUUGGACAAAAGGAGAAACAAAAGCGUCAGUAGUGGUCACCUUAAGCAUGGUCGGCAAACCACAAGGGGGCUCUGCUGUCAAUGUAACCAAUGUGGCCGGUAAUGGUGACGCAAUGAGCGCUGGAUCUAACUGCGACAACAAUACCGUGGCAAAUGAGAAGAUGAAAGUCGUCGUGCGUGUGAGACCUCUCCAAGCGCGAGAAGAACCAUGGCCAAAAGCUGCAGAAGACAUUCGUGGGACGGAAGGGAACUCCACCGCGACUAUAACCGUCCAGGUGAUAUGCGGUGCUAAACGGUACUGCUCCAAGUUAGCUCUGAUCCUUGUGGAUAAUCUGGAUGACAGCAAAGCGAGGUGGUUUGGGAGAAGAAUGGACAGCUAAAGAUCUUGAAAGCUGACGCCGUGUUUACCCAAGGAGCAUCACAAGACAGCGUAUAUCGCAGCGUAUCAGAUUGUGUCGACGGUUUAAUUGCCGGGUUUGAUUGCAGCGUGUUUGCCUAGUAGGUUGCCAAGCUAACUACUGGUUGUGGUGCUAAGAUACACUUUUUCCGACCCUAAAAGUGGAUGAUGAAUGUUUUUCCGUUGUUUUAGUGGUCAAACAGGAACAGGGAAAACAUACACUAUGAGCGGGCUUCAGCGUGACGAAAGUGUUGAUAUCGACGUAGCGAGUCCUGUUCCAGUCAACAACGGAGUGGUUCCUAGAAGUGUCGAAAGACUCUUUGCCGAAAUAGAGCGCGAGAAGCGAGGAUCAGGUGGGACGUUAUUCAGCGUUUAUUGCUCUUUUAUCGAGAUUUACAAUGAGAAAAUAUUCGACAUCCUCUCACCAGAGGUAAUACCAGUGAACGGGAAUAAGUCACCGGAUGCCAAGGCUGUUGCAACAAAAGGGUCGACGACGCAGCGUGCUCGCUGGAACAGCUCGCUCAGCGCUAAGGAUGCAAAAGGUCUCCAAAUCCGGCAAAAGCUGGAUGGGUCAGUGUUUGUGGACGGCAUGACAUCGCGUAAUGUUACCAAUAAAGCUGAACUACUGCAAGCGUUUCGAGAGGGCUCACAACAUCGAGAGGUCCGAGAUAAUCUCUACAACCAAUUCAGCAGCCGAGGACACGCUGUAUUUCAAAUCACUCUCCGAAAGAUCCUCGCAAAUGAUGGAUCCAGCAAGAUAAACGCAAAAAAGACUCGUCUUUCAAGACUCUUCUUCGUGGAUCUAGCAGGAUCCGAGAAAUGGCACGUGAACGGGAGCGAUCUGACCGACAAGUAUGCGACCGAGCUGGCUUCAAUCAACAAGAGCUUAUCUGCGUUGACCAACUGCGUAAUGGCUCUUACGCAGAAAGAACGGUCACACGUCCCGUUUCGAGACUCCGUCUUGACACGAUUGCUCCAACCUUGCCUACAAGGAUCAGGGCGUACAGCGUUCAUCGUUACAAUCAGCCCAUCUAAAGCAUGUUUGGAGGAGUCUUUUGCCACAUUACGGUUUGCUGAGCGGCUGAAAGCUAUCCGUUGCCGCCCCGUUCGACGCAGCUUGUUUAGUAACGAAAUGCUUGGAGAACAGCGACUAUACUACGAGCGUCAAAUCCAGGCCAUGCGUGCUGAGGUCAAUCGUCUGCGAGAGCUGCUACGGAAAGCAAACCAGAAACCAAGCGAAGCAGCUGGUAGCUCCUCCAAUGCCGCGUUAGUGGAAGAAAAUCGACGUCUGAAGGAGUUGCUCCUGCAGGCAGAGCGGUCACGAAUUGACAGGAACGAGCGCAGCAAUAACAAAAAUGGUAAAACUAUCAUCGCUGGUGGAGCUAUCGUGAAAAUGUCACCCCAACAGUUUUCAGCGAGGCAGAUGCUCAAGCACACGUUAAGUAAGGGUGAAGAAGAGUCAAAUGUUACGCGACAGCUCCGUCAAGACCGCCAGAGGAACAACACGACAGAUCAACUCGUCGAUGACACAUCACACAACCAAAGAAAAAUGGGUGAUCAACCACGAGACCGGCUUACAACCCUUGAAAAUCAGCUUCAAUCAAAGGAGGCUCGCCUGAACUGGAUGCUGGAGGCGGAGAUGGAAGCUCAAAACGCUGGUGCUGGUAAAGCACCUCCCGAUGCUGCUGCAGUUGAUUCAGGAGAUCCUCUGCGGCCAACAGUUACCAGAUCCUGGGCUGUCGAGACAAGGCUGCGUCGACAACUUGUAGCGGUUCCACCACCAUUGCGCGACACACAGCCGGAUUCUGGAAGCGGAGAUCGUGAUGAAGAGAAGCUAAACAACCACGUAGAGACGAACAAUUCGGCUGCUAAUCAACGGAAAGCUGAGCCUGUUAAACGAAUCCUUCCUGUGCUUGUGGAGAGCCCGCCAGGUUCGUCACGAACAGAUCUUACUGUUGACCGGCACCUUGCAUCACGGCAACAUGUCAGACACUACACUCCAUCACCGCCAAGUGAAAGUCUCAGCCCAACUGAACAGAUCACCGCUGGAAACAGGAGAAACCGUGUUAACACAAUUGCUAGAUCGCAACCAACUGGCCGCUCGGAGCCCACAACCUCGAGUGAGCAGGUGAAGGCGUCAUCGAUCCUGAAGAUGGUCGGGUCUGGCUCAGGUGAUGCCUCAGGUAAAACUCGCGGGGAGAUCAUCGAGGAAUACAAACGUGUACGUCGAGUGGAACUGGAGGCGAUGAUGCGAACGAUGGUGCAAAAGUGAAAAAUCCCAAAGGUUUAGUAACAACCUGGAUACAAGUAAAAGAAAACUGCGGCUACGUUAUACCACAGAAGUCAGGAUUACCCCUGAGCGUGCUCUCUCACCUGAUACCUAGCUGGACACAUUCACAAUUGGAGGAAAAGGCUGUGUCUUGCUGACGACAAGGAUCUUCUUCGUGUGCGACAUAUAGCCCUUGAUGUAGCCCUUGAAAAUGAGGUUCGUGAGGACACACUCGAUCUCAUCCAUGCCCAUCGAGUGACCCGUAGCAACAUUCAACGCCAACUGGAAGUCUUGCAUUUGCAACUGGUGGCUCUGCUGGAUCAGAUAACUGCAAUAACAAAAGUUAGUGCGAGUAAUUCACUGUGUGCUCCUCUCAAGACAGCAUGACACGUACACUUUCUUGAAGAGAUUUCGUAGAACCAAGAGGCGGAGUUUCUCGAUCAAUAAAUACACGCCUUGCUGGAU